GUUGCAUACCUGCCUGAUAUAUCGGUGGCCUGCCUGCCUGCCUGCCUGCCUGGCUCUUUAAUCUAGCAGCCAGCGGUGUUUCUUUACUGUAGGCCGGGCCGGUACAUAGGUCAUACAAACAUCUGGCCAUUGGUUCGUUCGUUCGUGCAGUCAGUAGUGGUAGCCAUUACAUGGGGGCGGGCCGGCGGGGAGAGAGUUUUGUUGUUUGCACAUCGGAACGGAACGGACCAGUACUAGUGACUUGUUUCAAAUCGCACUGACACACCAACAGACAAGCCUGGUGCCUCCCUCCUGAUGUCGAAUCAAACAUACCCCCUGGCCACGCUGACAUACCCACCCCCUCCCCCUCCCCCACCCACAGCACCAACACCAGCCCCUCUGACAGCACCGGCAGGCUCAAUCCUCGGUGCCCUCGCAUACCCCACGCCCGGUGCUCGCCAGACAGUGGAUAUUAUUGGCGAUGGGGAACCCCACCCCCAUCCGCGUGUCUGUGUUUGAGGGGCGGCGCUGUACGGCAGCUGCGUGGCAGAGGCAACUGGUGAUGGUGAGUGGCUGUGGCUCAUCAGCAGUCGUUGCUGUCUUUGCUGCAGUCUGAAUCCACCGCAGCACUCCUGGCAAGUCAUCGUCUCCGCCUCAUAGGAGCCGAAGCGCUCGCCUUGCAGAUAAUCCUUCCCUGCACACACACACACACACACGUGUUGUGUCUCCCCGUUCAUUCUCCUUUGUGCUCUCUUCUUACCUGGUUCGUAGUAUACAAGGGGUGCUUCGUCCGUGGUAGCGCCCUGUUGUGACUUGAGCACAUGGAUGGGGUUGGUGUUGAAGGCGUCAUACGGCAAAUAAGAACGGACCUGCACUCACACACGCAGGAGGGAGGCAGAAAUGUCUCUCGCUCUGUCUGUCUCUCUGUCUCUCUGUCUGUCUGUCUGUCUCGCUUUUGUCCAGAAGGGUCACCUCAUCGUAUACUUCGUCCUUCUCAUCUUUGUAUAGGGGCACCAGCCAUGGAAUCAGCACCUCGAGCAGCAGCCCAUACACCUGACACACACACAAUGACAUGCAGUGAGUUGGGAGGAGGGACGUGACUCCAUUUCCCAUUCGUUCCCCUGCGCACUGACCACAGUGUGUGCGGCGAUGGCGAUGGGGAUGUACCACCACUCCCACACCUGUCGCCUCGCACCCCAGUAGACGGGACACGCAGCCAACACUCCCGUCGGCACCACCCACAUUCGCAGCACUGCACGCCCACAAGUUACCAUCAGACAAAGACGUACGGUCUUUCCCUCUCCGUGUCAGUCAUACGCAAUGGUGGCCAUUGCAAUGAAGCCAACUCACCCAUAUCGUCGACAGCGCUGGUGCUGAAGAACGUCCGCUUCGAAUGCCGCAGAAAGAGCCACUUAUCCUACACCAGCACACACAUGGAUGGGACAGACACCAUGACCAUAUAUGGGCCUGGACGCUCUCCACGUACUCACUCACGUACCAUCCAGUAGGUGUAGAUGCAGAAGACGAUCAGGAAGAGGAAGAUGGGCCAGGCCAGGUCGGUGACGAGGAAGAGCAUCACCAGACACACGCUGGCGUUGAUCACCAGGUCGCCGUACUUGCAUGGCAAGUCAACAAUCGGCGGCUCCAGCAUCUUCUCCGCCGGACGGGCUGCCAUCUACACACACACACACACACACACAGGUGUGGUGUGCGGCUGUCGGUGUGGAUGCGGGCUUGUCUCCCUCCCUCCUCAUUUACGUCUCGUUUGCUGUAUCGGAGGACCCACCUGCCCACCAGCCAUGGGGCCAGGUGUGUCACCAGCGGCAAGGCGAGGUAAGGCAGGACGAGUGUGCCCGGGAUGAGCAGGCCGAAGGUGAUCUCCGCGAAGUGCCCCUCCUCCCCUGUGUGCCGCUGGCCCAGGAAGGCGUUGUCUCUCACGCGGCCCUCUGCCGCGACGUAGCCCAGAUACAGAUCGAGAAGCGUGUUGACCUGCAGACAGCCAGGACAUUGGACGCUGUCUCUUGGCAUGUGUGUGUCGAUGGCUGACCAUGACGGUUAUGUAGUUGAGCACGAGAAUGUACUUGUCGACGGAGUCUUUCCGCUGGAAGCCCACCCAAUACCCCACACGGAACACGAUCUCGCCCAUAAUGCCGUUGCCUGUUGGGGGAAGGAGAGAAUGGGCGGCAUGGCGUCCUGACCCACUUACUUACCGACAGCAAUAAUGAGGCCGAGGAAGGUGUCUUCCAGAAAGGAGGGGCGCUUCCCGGGCACCUGUGUGAGCGCCGUGUAGUAGAAGGCGUACGGCCCGUAGAAUAUGAUGGACCACACGAACACCGAGAUGCACAUGACGCAUAUGCCCCAGAAGAAGCGGAGCAGCUGCAUUGCAGUGCAUUGCAGUGCACAGCACAACGGUCAUGUGAUGUGUGUCUCUGCCCAUGCCGUCCCGUCCCGUCCCCACUCUCUCACUCACCCUUUCUGGUUUGCCCAAGCCGAAGUUCUCCCACUGGAUCAUGGUUGGCUCCAUCGGAAAGUCUUUGAGCUGAACACACACACACACACGCCUUUCCUUUCCUCACCCGGCCCCACACACCAUCCAUCCAUCCACCCGUACGUGUAUCUGGUAUUUGCCUCUGAACCGCCACACGGCCAAACGGUCUCUCUCGGCCUCCCUCUCCGCCACCAGCGAUCCGUCCAGGUCCUCAUCCUCGUCAAACACCUCCGCCUCCGCGACGGCCGCCUCGGCAUCCGUCUCCCUCUCUCUGAGGUCCGCGAAGAUGUCAACCGCCCGCCACUUGCUGCUGUCAGUGUGGAAGACCACAAAGGCGUAGCCCGAUGACUCCACUUGGAGGGCCUUCUCGCGGAGAAGACGGAGCUCCUCAGCUUCGGCGCUGCAUUGCAUUGGAUGGUGGAGACAUGGCGGCCAGGAGAUUUUUGCCCUUGUGUGUUGUCUCAUGUGGAUGCUGACUGACUUGUGUUCUUCGUCUGUGGUUUUGAGCAUGAGACGGGAGAGCAUUGGGGAGUAGGUGCCCUGGGAGAGGUCGCGCAGCUCCAGGUGACGGUCCAUCAGCCGCUCUAUCUGACAGCCAACCCCACACGCACAAAUGGACAGGCGCGUCUGUCUGUCCAUCUGGCUGCAGCUCACGAUGUCGCCUUCGUUCCACAAAUCAUAUGCAAUGGACACGCCCACAAUGUCCUGACCCAGCAGCUUCUCGAAGUACGUCCGGAUCUCCUCCUCAUAUGUGGCGUCCCGCGGGAACCCCCGGGCGAGAGCAACGUAGUUAGCCAGGGUGUUGUCCUCGUGGUAGAAGCGCCGCUCGUGGCACCGCUGGAUGGCCGCAAACACACAAGUCGCCAGCAUGAUGAGGCCGUACACGAUAAAGCCCAUGUGCUGCGCCGCCUUUUGGAAGGCCUCGAUGCUGCCAUACGGGUGAUCGACGCCCCCGAUGCUCACAGAGCCGAAACUCCCUUUGGCUGUGGUCCUCGCCGCACCACCACCGCCCACAAGCUGUCGCUUGUGGACGACCGUCAUCUCAGUCAUGUUGCCACUAAAAGGGUUUGUCGACAGCUCUCCCCUGUGCUCUCUGAGCGCGUCGGCAUAUAUCUUGACAGAGCAUCCAUGAGGCUGCGAGUUGGCGUUGUCCGACACGGGGGUGGUGAAGUAAAGGGUGAGCGAGGCCAUCAGGAGGAUGAAGCCGCACCAGCCGAUGAAGACGAUGAAGUUCAUGUAGAGCCCCAGCCCCACACCCGCGAUGUUUGAGCGGUGCAUGUCCGUGAGGAUGUCGUAGAGUGGCUGGUGGGGCUCCCUGUGGUCACGGUACUUGGAAAAGGACCUAUGCCGCUCUGCAUGCUCAAGCACAACACGAUUCCUGCGCAACAAGCAGGGAGGGAGGGGGAGUGGCGGACACGUAUACACAUCAUGAUGUGGGUUGGCCCUUGAUUGGAUUGCUGGCUGACUUGGGGGUUGCGCAGCAGAGCAUGAUGGCUACGUAUGUGAUGAGUGCCACAAUAGCAGCUGCGGCGGCGAUCAUCAUGGUGGAGAACACAAGACUCAGCCAGUGAGUGCAGGUGGCGCCAUCCUCACUCAGGCUAAAGCCAUCACGGCCUGCACGCUUUAAGUAAGAUGCCGCAAGUUUUCUCUUCUGGUCGAUCUUACAUUUGUAGCAUUUGUGUUUGUAUCUGCACUCCUUGCAGCCGCUGACCCCACACGGCUCACACAGGAGGUUCUCAGGGUCAGGCAGCCGCGUCUCUGACCACACACACACGCACACAGCACACACGCACCCGCACAAACAUAUGGAUGGCCCGUCCCCCUUUUUGAUGCACUUAUGCACACCUGGGUUGUAUACUCUGCACUCGUGGGGCUCCAGGCACAGCGCCGCACCUGCACAAGGAAGCGUCACGAGGCAACCGAUGAGACAAUCAUGGACCACAUCAGUGAGAGGCUCUCCUACACUUCCAGAAGGGGUCGGGGGCGAUGUAUAAGCACUCGGGGGGGCACUGGUAGGCCCCGAUGUGGAAGGUCCGGCGGCACUCGGCCACAGGAAGGGCCGACAGGUUGCUGGCCAGGGAUGUGGCAGGGCGCUGCAGCAGCAGUGCAACAGACGCCAGCAGCAGCCAACACAUCAUUCUGUGAUCCCGAAUACCCAUGGCCAUGGGAAAGCC